AUGAUCGCUUGGAUUCUUAUUUCAUUGGUUGCCAGCAGUAUUGCUGCCGAUGCCACAACUACUACCACCACUACCUCAACAACCCAAGAAACCAAGAACACAGCAAAGGAUGCCCACAUCUUGGCCAGCAAAUUCCCACUCUCCAUGUAUGCUGUUGAGAACAUGGACUUAGUUAUUGAAUACGAAAUUCACAAUGUUGGAGCUAAGGCCGCUACUAACGUUGUUCUUGAUGACCGUCACUCUUUCCCAACUCAAUCCUUCGAAAUCGUCAAGGGACUUCUCCAAGUCCGUUUCGAAGACAUUGCUCCACGUAGCAAGGCUGUCCACUCUGUUGUUCUCAAGCCAAGACAAUACGGAAUCUUCAACUACACUUCCGCCCAAGUCACUUACAACACCCAAGGAGAAACUGACGUUCACGUUGGACUCACCAAUGCUCCAGGAGAAGGAUACAUCUACCGCCUUAAGGAGUACGAGCGCAAAUUCUCCAUCAAGUACCCAUACUGGAUCGUUUUCGCCAUCCUCAUCUCUCCCUUCACCGUUGGAUCCCUCAUCUUCUACUACAACAGCAAGACCAAGUACGAGGAGUUGGCCAAGAAGAAGCUCUAA